UUUUCAAAUACUCAAGGCAGAAGAGUAUUGCAGUACUCCGCAAAACAUCAGGCACAAACCUAGAUAUGGAGAUAAAGUAUAAUUUUGUUAUCAUUUAUUUCUCUUUCCAAUAUAUUUAACAUUUUAAUAUUAUAAAAGGUUAUAUUAGUUGUUGGUGGAAAGGAAACUGACAUAAGUAAGAAUAUAGAAUUGUAUGACCCAAAAACGGACCGAUGGCAGUAUGCACCAGAAAUAAUUAUAAGCCGUGAAGAAGCUGGUCUAGCCGUAGUGAAAGAUUUAGCGUUUGCUGUGGGUGGUUAUGAUAAAGAUAAUUUUGAUUCUCUUGGGACUGUUACUGUGCUAGAUGUUUCUUCAGAAUCACCUUGUUGGAAACCAACGGUUGACAUGAUAGUUAAAAGAGUAUAUCCAGUAGUUCGUGUAAUAAACGAUUAUCUAUAUGCCGUAAGUAAUGUUGUAAUAUAUUUAAUACUUCUUUCUUUCUGUUAUGAAGUAGUUAAUAAUAAAUUAUAUAUCACAUUUUAGGUUGGUGGAUAUAAUGAUGAUGAUGGACAUUUAAAUAGUGCAGAAAUGUUUGACUAUAAUACUCAAGAAUGGCGUAUGAUAUCUGGUUUGCCUUUUAUAAGAUGUGAUUUUGGGGCUGGAGUCCUAAAUAAUCUUUUAUAUGUGGUAGGAGGAUAUAGUAAAUCCUCACCGCAUUUAAACACUGUUGAAUGUUAUCAUCCCAGCCUUGAUAGAUGGAAACCAGUUGCUAAAAUGUCUGUUUGUCGCAGUGGUGUCGGAGUAGGAGUUUUAGACGGUGUACUGUAUGCUGUAGGUGGUCAUGAUGGAUUUAACCACCUUAGUAGUGUUGAAGCAUACAGGCCAAGUACAGGAGUUUGGACUUCUAUAACAGAUAUGCAUUUGCCUCGAAGAUAUGCUGGUAUAUCUUGUUGUUUAAUAAUUCUAAAUUAUUGUAACAAAAUGUUUGUCAAUGUAUCAAUUAAUUUAAGUUAAAUUUUCAAUAUAGGAGUAGUUACAUUAGACGGUUUGUUGUAUGUGAUUGGUGGAUGUAAGGACUAUUCUAUUUUGUGUUCUACUGAAUGUU